AAUUUGAGAAAACAUCAGUCUGAGGAGGGAAUAGCAGGGGAGAGGUAACCAUUCAGUCUGGAUCUCGACGUCCUGACUGGCAGAACGUAAUGAGAUGAGGGUGUCCAGUCACCGUUGAAUUGGUUUGAGAGGAGGUCUCGGUACCCUCCUGUACAUGGACACUUGUCCAGGUAUUGCUCGCUGGUGAUACAUGUACUGCCGGCAGGAGGAUGACAUCCCAAUUCUUGGAUUGUAUGGGAUACAUGUAUCUACUGGUACUUGAUGUAUCUGCCGUGAAAUGGGUAAUGUGAGCCUCGGGCAGUUUCAGCUCAGCCCUGGAUGGAUUCUGUUGUAGUCUGUAGGGGGAGUCUUGCAGGAAAUCACCGAGGGUAACGAAACAUCCCAGCAAGUUCAGCUUCAAGACUGUGGCUGGCAACCCGGAAUUGCAUCAGUCGAAAACACUCGCAGUCAUCGAUGUACGAGUGCUGAAGAGUCAACAGCUGCAGCGGGCGGUGAAGCUCGAAAGAGUGUUGCUGCAUAGGACUGGCACCAUGCUUCCCUGCAGUGCAAAAUUGGACAGACUCGUGAAGGGACCCUGCGGAUCUCACUCUUGCACAACGGACAUCGUCCCGUUGGCUGCCUGCUUUCGGGGAAAGCUGUAAAAUAUUCCUGCACUUUGUAUAUCUACAGUUUUAUGCGACUGUAUUUUAUGUCAAGAUUAUAAAAAGAAUGACUAUGACAGUACUGAAGACAAAAUGGAGAGUUGCAGCGUUGGUGGUGUUUGUAAUGCUGCGGAGUGUUCGGUUGUCGACGGCAUGGCUGGAUCUGCCAACCUGUCGUGCACCACUGGGAAUGAACAGCAAGGAUAUCACUGACGACCAGCUUGAAGCCAGCUCCAUCUAUCUUAAUGAUGUUAUGUUCUAUGGGCCGCAGAAUGCGAGAUUAAAUUUGGAGCUAGGCAGCGGGGCCUGGUGCCCAGUCAGUGCCGCGCCCGAGGUGGAUGGCCGCUACGAGUUCUUGCAGGUCAACUUUCACAACGUGACUGUAAUGACGGCGCUGUCCACCCAGGGCCGCUGGUACUUAGGCGAUGGCCGGGAGUUCACCCGCAAGUUCCGGUUAGAGUACGCCCGGGACCAACGAUGGCGGCGUUAUCGUGACAGCCUCCAGAAUGAGGUGUUUGACGGGAACUGGGACCCCAACAGCAUCAACACGUUGCACCUCUUUCCGCCGAUCAUCGCCAAGCAGCUGAGGGUGGUGCCUGUGGUGGAGAUUGUCUCCUCCGUCUGCAUGAGGAUCGAGCUGUACGGCUGCCUGUGGGAAGACCAUCUGGUGUACUACAACAUGGUGGAGCCCGACCUGAGGGGAGAGUACGCCUUCGAUGACGACACCUACGACGGCUUUGCCAGCGGGGACGGUCGGCUGAUCAACGGCCUUGGCCAGCUGACCGACGGCAACCUGGGCAGCUCCAACUACCGGCUCAGCCCCGCCAACUUUCCGGCGGGCUACGAGUGGGUGGGGUGGCGCAACUCCACCCACCUCAACCCCGUGCUGGUCUUCAAGUUUGACUCGCUGCGCAACUUCACCAGCCUGGCCUUCCGCACCAACAACUUCUUCAGCAAGGACGUGGAGGUCUUCAAGGCGGUGGAGGUCUACUUUGCCCAGGAGGAGGGCCAGUACUCCACCCGCGCCAUCCACUGGAACAUCCCGCAGGACAGCCAGCACGAGGACGCCCGCUGGGUGACGGUCAACCUCCAGAACCGUCUGGCUCGGUUCAUCAAGUGCAGGCUGAGGCAUCGCAACAAGUGGAUUCUCAUUAGUGAGGUGUCGUUUGCGUCAAAUCCCGUAGAAAACUAUGUGCGACCUCCCCUGACGCCAUUCCCUGCACGGCCGUCCACCACCACCCCAGUGAAGCAUGAUACCACGACAGCCAGUAAGCCGUCCAGCACCCCAGACAUCAGCAGGAUACCCAUUGGCAAUCCCAACGGCACCCUGGAUAACAAUGACUUAAACGUCAAACCCACUGAGAACGUCACCAGCGAGCCCGCGUCCAACCACAGCAGCACCAUCGUCGCCAUCAUGGUGGCCCUCCUCCUCCUGGCUGUCCUCAUCUUCGCAGUCUGCCUCUGCCUGUACCGGCGCAAGUACAUCAACCUCAAGCACAGCAUGCCGGCCGUCUUCUACGACAAGCAGGCCAACGGCAGCGUGGUCAACAACUCCCGGGGCGUCACCAUGCCUAGCCGGCGCAUGAACCCCACCUACCAGAUCCCCCACCCGGACGACGAGCCACAGUACCACGUCAUUGACAACAUGCAGGAGAGUGAGGACGAAAGUACAGGCAUCUAUGCCGAGCCGGAGACGUCCGGCUCCACCCCCAAGAAGGGCAGCCAGAGCGACCUGUUGGCCCACUACGCCGAGACAGACCUGAUGGUGACCAUCCAGGGGGUGUCAGGCAACACCCUGUACGGCGUGCCCAGCCAGGCCAUGGAAAAACUCAACAACAACCGGUCGCCAGUCCCCGAGUUCCCCAGGGAAAAGCUCAAGUUCUUGGAGCUGCUAGGGGAGGGCAUGUUUGGAGAGGUGCAUCUGUGUGAAGCUGAGGAUAUUCACGACUAUAUCCGUAACGGCUUCCCCUUCCAGAACAAAAACAAAGGGGAGAAGACGUUAGUGGCUGUCAAGAUGCUCAGGAAAGACGCCAACAAAAAUGCAAGGACGGAUUUCAUGAAGGAGAUGAAGAUCAUGUCCCAACUGCGAGAUCCCAACAUCGUCCGUCUCCUGGCGGCCUGCACAGAGGAUGAACCCCUCUGCAUGGUGGUGGAGUACAUGGAGUUUGGCGACCUCAACCAGUACCUGUAUGAAUCGGAGGCACAGUGGACUGUGGCCCCUACAGGCGCCACCAACAUCCGGGUUCUCACACUUGGUGCGUUGAUAUACAUGGCCACUCAGAUUGCCUCGGGCAUGAAGUACCUGGCCUCCCUCAACUUCGUCCACCGGGACCUGGCCACGCGCAACUGCCUGAUGGGCCAGUGCUUCACGAUACGCAUCGCUGACUUUGGGAUGAGCCGCAACCUGUACUCGGGCAACUACUACCGCAUCGAGGGGCGGGCCGUGCUGCCCAUUCGCUGGAUGGCAUGGGAGAGCAUACUCAUGGGUAAGUUCACCAACAAGACAGACGUGUGGGCGUUUGGCGUGACACUGUGGGAGAUCAUGACCCUGUGCAAGGAGCAGCCCUACUCCCAGCUGAGGGACGAGGAAGUCAUCGAGAAUAGCGGCCAGUUCUUUGAGAAGAGCGGCAGCCCCACUCUGCUGGCUCCGCCCCCACAUUGCCCCAAGGAUGUUUACGACGUCAUGCUGCGUUGUUGGCGGCGGGAACCCUCAGACAGACCAUCCUUCCAGUAUCUGUUCACCUUGCUGCAGGCCAAGAACCUGGGCUAUGAGCCGCCGGUACCCGUCUAAAGGAGAGACUGACUCUCAACUGUCUGAGAACUGCUGCUUGUGAGCGCAGGUGUGAGCCACUGGUACCUGUCCAAGACAUUAUAUAAAGUAAUCUAUACCACCCGAGAUAAAUCAUUGCAUUUGAGUGCCAGUGAAAGCCACCGGUACCCACCACAGUCAUAGCAGAUAAAUGGUGGUAAAAGCAACUGGCGCCCAUCUAAAAUAAUUGCACAUUAAUGUUGCUUAAAAGCAGUUGCCAUCGUAAUCAGAAACCAUUAUAUACCAAUAGUGGUACAUGCCACCGGUAACCGUUAAAGGAAGAACCAUGGCAUGUGAGUGGUAGAGAAAGCCACUAGUACCAACCAAAGAGAGCCAUUGCAAAUGAAUGUUCGUAUAAGCCACCGCUGCUCAGCCUCUUUUUGUGGAACAAAAGUUCAGCAGAAAUAUACAAGACAGCAUCAUGAAAGAUUGUCAAAGCAGCACUAUAUUGGUAAAAACAAAGAAACCAACAAGAUAUCCAGUACUUGAUUGUUUUGAAUUGUUCCGAAAUAUGGAAACGUACAGUAACGUGUGUGGUUUUGUACUGAUAUGUAGAAUAAUACUGUAAAUUUAUACAGUUUUGUACGGAGUGAAACUAGACUCGCAAGACAUACUAUCGAGCGUCAAACUCACGACAUUUAUACAUUUUGAUUUUGAUUUUUGUUUGUGGAGAAUUAAUACCACAUCAGUAUCAACGUUUGAAAUGAGAAACUCUGUGACCCUGAAAAUGUUGAAAUUGAGAUGCUUAUUUGGUGGUUGGAGCAACUUUCAUAGAAAUGAAUUACUAUGUUAUGAUAAUCAUAUCACCGUGUUACCAAAGUUUGUUUUUUUUUCACUUUGAAUGUAAGCUUCUUUUUAUCUGUUUCGACCAUUUCAAAGGAUUCAAUUUUCCUUCAGAGAGUGGUUUUGUCCCACUUCAUCUUUAUUUCAGCAUGUUCUCAAGUAGACAGGUGACUUAAGAGCGAUGUACACAUAUGAAAAAAAAAAGUUAAUUGUGAUAUUUGGAGAGAUUCUGCCGACAGCAGUCAAUUGUAAUUUUUGUACCGCCAGGCUAUCUGUAUAUACGCAAGCAUAUGGUUUGUUUUUUUAUAUUCUUCGUGAAGGAGACAAAGAGCUGACGUUCUGUCUCUCUUUGAAGCACUGUGGACAGAAAACAAAACUAGUUUUCUCCAAGACUUUUUGUGGAAGAGAAGCCAAGUUUAAAGAAAAUGGCCGAUUUUUGUUUCAGGUUUCACUGCUCUGGUACAUGAAAUUGAUAACCAAUUUCUCACUGUGUCUUUUAAAGUAAAAAGCUCAUUUUUAGAAGCUAAGACCGGUUUGGCUGUAAUAAAAUUUAAAAUCCUGAGUGGAAGAAUCCCAGAUAUUUGGGCAGGGAGGGAGUGACUAACUUCCAUAUCUCGGUAUUGAACACAGCGCUGAAAGAAUCUUUUCCCCAAAAAUUCAUUUGGGAUAACAAGUUUGGACCAGAACGGAGCCCCUCCGUAGAAAUAUUUGAGAAACAUCAAGGAUGUAAAUUGCUUUCAAAUACCUUGCCAUGUGUAGACAGACAAGCCCAUUCAUUUCUCAGUUUGUUGAAUGCACUCAACUGAUCAUAACAUGCAGCAAGUUUAAGGUUAAUAAUUACGGUGGUGCUGAUUUUUAAAGGAAUUAUUUUGUAUGCACAAUAUUAUGCAGUAAUUUUUUUUUUAAGUCUGAAAAAAAAAGAAAGAAAUUUACACAUUUAUACACUUCCAUCCCCGAAUGAAAAUCAAUUAUGGGUGUAUUUGACGGGAGUCAUUUUAACGAGUUCCUGGUUCUUCCUCGUGACGACUAAAGCCAUCAGCCAUUCCCUUACAGUGUUCGUGGUUAAACCGUAGGUGCAUUUAUUUUGAAUGACUUGCACAUUUUGGCAUUCCAUUACACUUGCCCUAGUCUCAGUAUUUCAGUGACCUUCCUGUUCCUAGAUCACUGUUCAAACCAUUCCUCUGUUUCUUAAUCGUCCAUCUCCAGAUAUAGAGGGUUUGCAUUGCUGCCAUCUUGCAGGCCAGCUUUGUCCUCGUAGAACAAAGGAACUUGCCUUGCAAGAUGGCGACCACGCAAUGCCUCUAAUUGCCUGUACUGAUUAUGGUUUCUAUUAUGUGUAAGUACCGGUACCGAUUUUUUUUACAGAGGCGAACUAGUACUAAUUUAACUCUGAAUUCAAUGCACAAAUGCCAGAACUUAAUGACCUUUGUAGAGAAGACAGCACCCUGAAGGGAGAUGGAAUUUUUGAAUCGGAAGAAUAGAGGGAUCCCAAUACGACGCUUUUAGCCUCGAUCUGCGCACUUCCGUGUUUGAAAACGAGGCUGUAUGUGUCAGCUUUGAUUCUUAAUACGAUCAGUCGAUUGAAAGUAAGGAGUCAAGACCCAAAAUGCAUAAAGGUAUGUNACG